UGCAGUUUUGCUCCCAUGAGCAUAAAGUCUCUGUUUUUAGUUUCGGUUUAGUUGCUUUCAUAUUUUUAUGUUAUGUUUUACUAGUGAUCAGUAGUCAAUUGUCUGCAAAGUUAAAAGGAGAGUUAGGACAGUAGGUAGUUCCUGUGCAGUUUUGGAGAUGAUAACUUGGCGUGGCUGGAAGCAUGAAGUCAUUUUAUGAGAAGUAUAUCCCUUGAUGUAUUAUUGUUGUUGUUCAUCAGUGAGCCUGCAACUUAUGACUCUAAUGCUACAAGUUCCCGUAUCUGGCGCCUUGUUCUGUACUAUUGAAAGACAUCACUUGUAUACUGCUAAAAGACAUCACUUGUUGCUAAAAGACAUUGUUAUGUAUGGGAUUUUUUUUGGUGCACAACAAGCCAUGUACGCGUCGCAGCGAUGAGAGACAGAGUCAGAUGCAUGGCCGGGCCACCACCACCAAGCCAUGUACAUGAUGGAUCGCUUUGUCCUCAAGGUCAGCGACCAUGCAUCGAUCAGCGCUGCGCCAAGGAGGAAAUGGAGAGGUAUGAAUUUUUUUCUGAAUUCUCAAAACUUGGUGCGCAGAAAGUAUGGAACGCUGUGGAUUCAUAUUGGCAAACUCCCACCACCGCCUUACGGGAUAUUGGUGACCCUGCUAAAGACCUUCGGGUCACAGGCUCCUUAUCACGGUUCUGGGCAAAUGGAGGAGAUGACGAUGAAUGUGAUAUAGAUCAGGAUUCCGGUGUCUAUCCCUCUGCACUCACGGCCAACCGGCUGGCAAAUAAGACGGCUUUUACUGUGGAACAGCUUGUCCAGAAAAUCGAGGGACUACCUGAUCAGAAGUUUCAGGAGCAGGCCACUGUAAUUGACACAUAUAAAAAAGAGGUCAAGAAUUUUUUAGCUUUUGACCAGACGGUUCCUCCAAGUAGCAAGUUAAAGCCGUGGCAUGGGCCAUUACCUCCAAAAAGAAUCUCUCCGUCACUAACGCUAGCAGACUGUCCUGUUUUGACAGAUCUGAGGCAUAAGAAAAAGGGACAUCGGAGACUCAGAGAUCUUGGAGGCGCCUUACGCCGGAGCUGGGGAAGAAAUGGGGAGUUUCAAAUUUUAAAUCGAGAUCCACGUUUUCCGGGUCGUGUGUCCGAUGCAGUCCAACGAAAAGGUGUGGUAACAGAUAAUGGACCUUUGUUGGGCUCAAAAGGCACAAGCCCAAGGAUUCAUUUCAUACCAAAGCAGGCUUUGGGGAGGCUUAUGUCCCGUCGAGGCCGGUUAGCCAGGUCUGAACUUGAUUGUGCUGAAGCAUCGUUGUUCCCUGUGACUUGCAUUGCCAUAAGAAACCAGAACUUCUCGACCCCCACGCCGCCGCCAACCUCGAUCACCCACAACGCCACAACAUUUGCUGACAUUGUGAGGUUUGGGAGGACUAGGAUGGAUGGGGAAGGUCAACGCAGAGGAGGUUUUAGGGCACCUGGAGUCAUUGGCAGAUCUGGAGGUGGCUUUGGUUUCGGCAAUCGCGUGGAGGGGUUCACCUCGGGAGGCUUUGGGCAGGCGUAUGGUCCAAAUGGUGCGGGGCGAAUUUCUGGCCAACACCUAGGUCCUCAGUUCGGAUUUGGUGCCGUUGGACACAACAACAGGGUGCCGCAAAACUCCCAGCAAACAAUAGUUUUUGGACAUGGACAGCAGCAACCUGCCUCGUUCUCAGUUGGAGGAGCUCAACAUGGUACACAACAGGUUGGUGUUGGGGGACAGAAACAUGAUUAUCAUAAUCAGCGCUACAAGGAUAAUUCUGGGUCUGGUCGACAGGUAGAAAGAGGUUUUUGGCCAAAGCAGCAUGCUAACAGGGGCCGGGCCCCAUUCUCCAAAGGUCCAAGUUUCAACCAUAUUGCAGCUAGUGGUUCUGAAGGUCUUCAAAAGGGGUUGGGCAGACAUUUACAACAUAAUAGUGAUGGAGGUUCAAGUGGCAUUGGGGACAACAUGAUUUUGAUGGAUAAAACUGCCUCUAAACGUUCCUUUCAGGAAGUUGAAGAAAACAGGCCACCCUCUAAAAAGGUUGAAGUAUUAGUUGAGACCAAGAAAGAGGCGAGUAAACCACAAGGGGAAUUGUUUGAAGUGGCAGAAGUGUCAGCAAAAGGGAGGGGUAAGUGGUGUUUUCGAUGCAGGACAAAGGGCCAUGUGUCAGUGGAAUGCACUACAAUCUUGUUUUGCCAAUUGUGUGAAAGUGAUGACCAUGUCGCUGCUAUAUGCCCAAUAAAGAAAAAACCUCGUCUGAUGGCUUACUCGGUGGGUUAUGCGAUGGAUGGUCUGGGCUUCUACCAUAUCCCCCAUGGCCCUAUUUCCAUGUCAAAAAAGGAUAAUACUUUGGCUUUGAUCACAUUUAUGGGAGGCGAGCUUAAGGAAGCUGAACUUGUUGCUCAUAUGGAGAGGUUAAUUCCAGGAAAACACGGUUGGGAUGUUCAGUUGCAUGCCCCAAAUACUUGGGUGGCUAAUUUCCCAUCUAAAGCUGAAUUGAAGCGAACUGUAACAUUUGGGUCUGCUGAUCUUAAGAAUGGAUUACUUCUGAAAUUCGAAGAGUUUGAGGAGGAAGAGUAUUGUGGAGAAGAGCUACCAAGGGUGUGGAUGCGUGUAUUAAACCUCCCAAAAGGGUUAAGAACAUAUGAGGUUCUAUGGGCGAUUGGGACGAUGUUUGGUGCCACAACUAAGGUGGAUAUGAUUACUACAAGGAAAAAUACCUUUGGAAGAUUUGAGGUUGCAGUUCUCAAUGCUAGCAUUGUGCCCAAUCAAAUGGAGGUCGUUAUUGGAACUCGUUGGUUUGAGUUGGUUUUUGAGAUAGAAGGAGAAAUUGGUGAAGCUAUGGAACCAAUUACUCAUAGGGAGAAUGGUAAUGAGGGGGAUCAUGGGAAUGCCGAUAGAAGGGACACCACUAUGGAGGAGAAUAACUCCAAAGCAAAAGACACAAAUGGCAAUUCUUGGGCUGCACCUUCCUUUGCUAGCAACAGAAGGGACGUAGGAAAGGGUGUCCAGAUGGACGAUGGUGCUCUGGAUGAUUUUGAUGAGGAUGACCUGCUCGAGGAUGAGGUGAUGGAACAAUCUCCUGCUGUUUCACCAAAAUAUGCAGUCCUUAGUGCUGUUCUUGAUGCAGGCUUAGGUGAGCAGGCCAAACAGCCAUCUGGACAGCAUGACUGUGAGAUGCAGGAGGGCUGUAAUUCAAAGCCUGGUUUGGUGGAGCAUAGCAAAGUGCCUAGGGACGAUUGCAGCAAAAUGAAAGAAGCUACUGCGACUUUGGGACACCAAUUGAAGUGUGAUGGUCAGCAGUCUGACGCCAGCUUUAGCUCUGAAGUUGCUCUUCCAGUGAUACCCAAGCCGGUAAAAGUCCUCAAUAAAAUUUCUGCAGCCUUGCCAAAAAGGAGAAGCAAGAGGCGGGAAGCAGAAGUAGAUGAGGACAUGCUGGAACGUGCGAAAAGAGUGGUGGCGAAGAAAAAUCUUGAUGGACCGGAAGGUCACUUUCAGAGGGACACAUUGGACAAGGUUCUGGACACUGUUGCAGAAGGAGGAGGACAGACCUCAAGUAAAAUGGGCCUGUCGUGUGCUUGAAACAACAAUGAUGGAGAUCUUUUCAAAUAAUGGAUGGUCUUUUUUUCAUAGAUUGAGAGCAUAGUUUGAGAGCUUAAAUUUAUGAAACCUUUGUAGAAUGUAAGAUUUCGUUCCAAUGUGGAACCCCAUGUUUGUGAGUUUGACAGCCGAAUGUAUCAACCGAUACAGAAGCUGGAAUAUUAAUAAUAUUCCCUUUUCUAAAAAAUGUAUGGGAUUUUCUAU